UGAGAAUGAACCAUAUUGAUAUCUAUUUCCGGCCACCGUUUGGUGAACAAGAUUUCCCGUAUCGGUCCCGCGUGUCAAUGCUGGGAAAAUAAACUUCAUCGAUCCGGUAUAGAUCUACUUCGACUUCAUAGUUCACCCCCAACGAAGAAAUUGCUCGAAUUCGACGAAAAAUGGCUAGCAUUAGCAUCAAUGCCCCGGGUACCGGGUUCAUCUCGAAUAGCUUCAACCUAGACAACGCAGGCCCAGCGCGGAUUUGCAUCACUGCGGAAACGGAAGAUUUCGAUACGCAGACGCUGCGCGAUUGGCAGCAUGAAGGGUUUGAUGUUGUCUAUGUGGCUUAUGGGAAUGGAGGGAAGGAGUACAUAAGCAGGCUGAACGGGGUAAAGGAAGGUCUAGGUGUUGGAGAGCAAUACGCUGUUAUUGCAUACGGUGAUGCUGCAUCUGCUUGUCUGGACCACUAUCGAAAGCCUACCUCCUGCAGCAAACUGGCAGCCUUAAUUGCUUAUUACCCGACGAAUAUCCCCGACACUCGUACGCGUUUCCCACACGGACUGCGGGUCCUUGUCCAUCUAGCUGGCGACAGCGUAGAUGUGACAACGACUCCUCAGGCUCUUGGGCUCCAGGGUAAGCGUCGGAGGAGCACGAGGCGCAUCUACCCUGGCGUUGGCACAGGCGAGCGUCUCAACAUCGCGUACCCAACGUACACAUACGAAUAUUCCCAGCCAGGAUUCGCGGAGCACGACCUGGAGGAAUACGAUCGAGUCUCUGCGGAGGUCGCAUUCACUCGAACACUUGAUGUUCUUCGGAAGGCUUUCAGAAAGUACCCUGAUUUGGAGAAAAUAUGGGAUGACAACCAGGAGUAUGUCUACUUCUCAUCUAAAGCGAACGAAGCUAUGGAGACGUUCGUAACUCACAAGAAGCCCUCCGUCACGUUCGCUCCCACUUUGACGGGUGGCAAUGGUGCCCAGCACCUGCGACACUUCUACGAGAACCACUUUCUGCAAAACAAGCCACCGUCUAUGCGACUGAGGCUAAUUUCUCGCACGAUCGGAGCUGACAGGAUUGUUGAUGAGCUCUAUACCACGUUUGAACACACUCAAGAGAUGCCCUGGAUGCUCCCUGGAGUGCCACCAACCAACAAGCGAGUCGAGAUCAUUAUGGUCAGCAUCGUUGGCUUUAAGGCUGGUAAACUCUACUCUGAGCACAUUUACUGGGAUCAGGCCAGUGUGCUCGUCCAGAUUGGUCUAUUAGACCCCAAGCUCCUGCCUGAAGGAGUCCAGGGCGUCAAGCGACUCCCCGUCGUGGGCAACGAAGCCGCUAGACGUAUCCUCCUCGACAACCCCAGCUCUGGCAAAAACUACCACAACAAACUCAUCACUGGCGAGCCGGAGAAGGACAGCGAAAAGCCCAAGCUGGACAAGAAGCCCACUAAGGAUAAAGGCAAAGGCAAAGCCGUUGAGAACGGCACAAACAGUGAGAACGGAACUUCCAAAACUGCAAACGGAGAUGAUGGCAUCGAAGCCACGCACGAGGCAGACGGCAACGAAGCGUAAAAAGCUCUUCCAAGAAGAAAUCAACCAGAACAUUCAGGACCAUGAACAUUACCCGGAUCUAUCAAAUUUACGAUGUAACAAUACUCCUUCUACAACGACUGUGUUUGUUGAAUAUUCCCUUUUCACUUACCCUCCUUCUUCUUCUCCUUGCUCAGUUGAGCCAGGUUCGCCUCCGACCCAUAUGACUAUUAAUCGUUCUUAUUUGUUUUGCACUGGAACUACUAUCUGUAAUAUAUUUGAUCCGUUUCUUUCUGGAUAGCCAUUGGUGUUUUUGCUUUUCUUAUCUUUCUGUGGUUUUGUAUAUUAUACAAUUCGAUACUGUUUUCCUGGCCGGUUAUCUCCAUGUUGAGCGGUGCCGA